AACACGCUUUACCGGGUACGAAUCCAAUAGAUUAGUCCAUUCAUUUUCAUUUCAAUUUUUACAAUUCCGAAUCCCCAAAUCGCUCUUCUUCCGAUCAACACACAGCCAUCACGCCGCCGUUUCCUCUCCGUUUAAUUGGGGUUUCUAUGUCGAACUUGCAUUCAACCACGGCGGCAGCCUCUUCAUCGUCUAGCCAAUACACCUACUCCGCUGCCACCACGCCCUAUUUUCCGACGCCGUUUCACCUCCAACAAACGCCUCCGCCGCCACCCGCUCCUUACAUCGGGGCCGCCCCUCCUCCCCCUGUCCCGGUUCCCGUUUAUCCCGCGCCUUCCACCGUCUACUCCUUGCCGCAGUAUCAGCAGGCUCAACAGUUGUUUCAGAGAGAUGCACAGACAAUAACACCAGAAGCUCUCGAGAGUGUGAAAGCUGCACUUGCUAACAGCGAUAUCGAGCACAAAGCAGAGACCAAGAAGAAGGCAAUUCCUAGGAAAGCUGCAGGGCAGAGUUGGGAGGAUCCCACUCUUGCAGAAUGGCCUGAAAAUGACUAUCGUCUAUUUUGUGGAGAUCUUGGAAAUGAGGUGAAUGAUGAUGUGUUAUCAAAAGCUUUUGCAAGGUUUCCUUCCUUCAACAUGGCAAGGGUUGUUAGAGAUAAGCGUACUGGCAAAACGAAGGGCUACGGAUUCAUCAGCUUUGCUAACCCAUCGGAUCUUGUGGGAGCGCUGAAAGAAAUGAACGGAAAGUAUGUGGGAAACCGCCCAAUCAAGCUUCGGAAGAGCACGUGGACCGAAAGGACUGAUACGGAUGCCUUGGGUAGACAGAAGCACCAUUCUCAGAAGAAGACGAAGCAGCCAAAGAGAAGUAUCUUGCACAAAUGAGACUGGCCAAGGUCAUUGGACAGCAUCAAGAAUACAUAGAUGUUGGAUAUGAAUGUUAGUGUUUCUGAACUGCCAUUGAGAGAGAGGGAGACAUUCCCCCAAUGGUUGCUUUGUACCAUCAAAAUCGUUUUCCUGAGAUAAAUGUAAAAAGAUUAGUUUCGACACAUUUGUAGUAUAAAUUUAUAAUGUAGGGAUGUUGCUUUGUUUCCCUAAUCGAGCUGAUCAUACAAUUGUUCAAAUUAA